AUGCCGGAAGAGAAGGAUGCAACGUCAGUGCCACUCAGUCAAGGGUCCCGCGAAGAAGAAGAUCCCGAGGAUCCCGUUAAAUCUCCGCCUAAUUCUCCUAAUUCUUCCACUCAUAAGGCAUGCUGUUUUGUUCUUCAAAGUUGGGUCUCAAAGAAGUUCAUGACUGGAUGUGUAGUUCUAUUUCCUGUUGCUGUCACAUUUUUUGUGACUUGGUGGUUUAUUCAGUUUGUUGAUGGUUUCUUCAGUCCACUAUAUGAACAACUGGGCAUUGACAUAUUUGGUCUUGGAUUUGUGACAUCUUUACUUUUCGUAUUCCUCGUUGGUGUCUUCGUUUCAUCAUGGCUGGGUGCUACAGUUUUCUGGAUUGGAGAGUGGAUUAUAAAGCGAAUGCCGUUUGUUAAGCAUCUAUACUCGGCCUCCAAGCAAAUAAGUUCUGCAGUUUCUCCAGACCAAAAUACUACUGCAUUUAAGGAAGUAGCAAUUAUACGUCAUCCACGAGUAGGAGAAUAUGCAUUUGGAUUUAUCACUUCAUCUGUCCUGCUUCAGACUGAUAAUGGAGAUGAAGAACUAUGCAGUGUGUUCGUCCCUACAAAUCACUUAUAUAUAGGUGAUAUAUUGUUGGUUAAUUCUAAGGAUAUAAUAAGACCUGAGCUGUCUAUUCGUGAAGGAAUAGAGAUCAUUGUUUCUGGUGGCAUGACAAUGCCACAAAGGAUUUUACCUGUUGAAAGGUUUGAUGUCAGGAUAGCUGCCUCUCUCUGUUUCAACCAGAAUUUAAGAACACAAUUUCGAUUGUACACACAAGAAUGGAGAAGAAAGAUGAAAGGGAAGCAGAAGGAUCUUUUGUGGUUUAUAUGUUUAAAUUGA